AUGGAGCCGAGGAAGCCUUCAGCUGUCUUCUCUGAUGUCAUAACUCUCGACGUCGGAAUCAUGUUUUGUUUGUGCGGUCACUUGAAUGUCUCUGUUUCGUCUCUGCGGCGAAUGACUUGUGGGGGAUAUGCGGCGAGUGUGAAGAGAAUUCUGGAAAAUCAACCACAAGUAUGUGCUGCCAGCGUCGAUCUUACAACCGAGACAUCUGAAGCCAAGGCUGUUCCUAACUGGCAAAAAGAGUUUGGGAAAAAACUUGCAAAACACUUGACAGAUUGUGGCUUUAACCCUCGUGGUAAGCAGUUUUAUUCAGCAUCUGUUGUGGUUGACAAUUUCUCUGGACGCUCUCGUGGAUUUGGUUUUGUAACUUUUGAUGAGAAGCAAGCAAUGGAUGAGGCUAUUGAGCCUCAAGGUUCGGGUAGAGACCAAGAUGGUGAUUGCAGUCAUGACCGGGGUCGUGAACGUGACCCUAACCGGGACUAUGGUGGUGGAUGUGGAGGCGGAGGUGGAGACUGGAGAGUGCUUGUGGCAAGCCUGGGCAUUUUGCAUGGGAGUGUCCUAAUGAAGGGGGCAAAGGAGAUAGGUGCGGGGGGGAGGGACGACAGGUAUAGACGCGGAGGAGGUGGUGGUGGUGGGCACUAUGGUCCUGAUCGAAAGGGUGAUCGAUCUGGCGGGUGCAAUAGGGAUAGUGGUACUCGAGGAGGAUCGGGAAAUGACUGCUAUAAUCGGGACCGUUCCGGUCCCUGUGAACGUCGUGGUACAGGGAACUUCCGUUGGGUAGAAAGAAUACUCCUGACAGAGCAAUUGGAGGUACUGCUUUUACUUGCUGGAGUUGUCAAAGUCUCUUCUGAUGCAUCUCUUCUUUAUUGUUCUCUGGGCGGACAAAUCUGCCUUAUCAGUCUUUUGAUGUGCAAACUUUGGCUAGAAGAUUCAACUGUAUGAUGUCCUUGAAUGCUCGUUUUGAUGUUUGGGUCUGAUGACAUUGCUUACUUGACUUAAACAACCAAAUUUGGCCUUACUCUUUCAAUGCUACUGGAUUCUCUUUUGCUUACAUGCUUUAGCAAUGGCAAAUGCAUCUGAGAUCGAUCUUGGUUGACUUCUUCAUUGGCAAUUGCGACUGUGGAGCGUGGACAGCUUUUUGGUGUCUAGAUGGCUCUUUUGAGGAUAGGGCAAGAGAUUCACCUGUGGAAGUAGUGCGGUUUUCUCUUUGCAAAAGAGAAGCUGCCAUAGAAAUGAAUGCCCAUUUUGGCUACGAUUUUUCAGAUGUCUUACUUUUUGAAAAG